CUUACCCUGGGAACUUAGAAAAGACUGAGGACCGCCUUCACCAACCUCCAUCAGCUUCGAAGUCUGAAAUCCUCUCUCUCUCUCUCUCGCUCUCGCGCGCGCGCGUCAGAGCUUUUCUAUUUGCUCUCCUGCGAGCAAUCCUCGUCGCUUCGAUUUUGUAAAGUUUGGGAAAAUGUCUAGUGGGGGUACUCAGCAGAGCUUGAGGAAGUACUUGGGGGCUAUUAAGGACAGCACUACGGUUGGGCUGGCAAAAGUGAACAGUGAUUAUAAGGAGUUGGAUAUUGCAAUAGUGAGGGCCACAAACCAUGUUGAGCGUCCUUCAAAGGAGAAACACAUAAAAGCAAUAUUUUUUGCAAUUUCGGCGUCAAGACCUCGGGCAGAUGUGGCGUAUUGUAUUCAUGCUCUUGCCAGGCGCCUUUCAAAGACACACAAUUGGGCUGUUGCAUUGAAGACUUUAAUAGUUAUACAUCGAGCUCUGAAAGAGGUUGACCCAUCAUUCCGUGAGGAACUUAUUAGUUAUGGAAGAACCAGAAGCCAUAUGCUAAAUUUGUCACAUUUCAAGGAUGAUUCCAGUGCAUAUGCAUGGGACUUUUCAGCAUGGGUCCGCACGUAUGCUUUGUAUUUGGAAGAAAGGCUUGAAUGUUUUUGUGUUAUGAAAUAUGAUGUACAGAUAGAUCCUGUGAAAACUCGAGAUCUAAAUACUGUUGAAUUGCUUGUGCAAUUACCAGCACUACAGCAACUUUUGAUCCGUCUUCUUAAUUGCCAGCCACAAGGGGCGGCUUUAUAUAAUCUUGUUAUUCGGUUGGCAAUUUCCAUUGUUGUUGAUGAGAGUACAAAGAUUUAUAAUGCCAUUAGUGAGGGUACAAUCAACUUGGUUGACAAGUUCUUUGAGAUGCAGCGCAAUGAUGCUAUUAAGGCACUUGAGAUAUAUAGAAGAUCAUAUCAACAGUCAGAGAUGUUAUCAGAAUUUUAUGAAGUCUGUAAAAGUUUUGGUAUCCGCCAUGGAGAAGAGUUCAUUAAAAUAGAACAGCCUCCAGCAUCAUUUCUCUCAGCCAUGGAGGAGUAUGUUAGAGAAGCUCCGCGAACUUCAACUCUCCGGAAGGAUCAGGUAAAGGAAGAGAAGACAGAACCAAAGGCUGUUUUGGCCAUUGAAGAAAAUAAAACUCAAGAAGAGCAGCAGGCAGUUUCACCUCCUCCUCCACCUCCUGAACCAGCAAAAGUAGAAGAAGCCACAAUAAUGCCGAAAGAAACUGAUCUGCUGGGAAUGCAUAAUGAAAGCCCAGAUGCAGCUGAGUUAGACAACAAAAAUGCUCUAGCCCUUGCAAUUGUUCCAGUUGAUAAUCCAUCAACAACUACUACAGCAGGUGGUCUUGCAUCAGAUGGAAUUGCAGGGUGGGAGCUGGCUCUGGUUACUGUUCCAAGCUCAAAUGAGGCUGCUGCAGCUUCAACAAAACUGGCUGGCGGAAUGGAUAUGCUAACAUUAGACAGCUUAUACGACGAUGCGCUUAGACGAGCGAACCAACCAACGAGCUACAACCCGUGGGAGUCAGCUUCAUCCGCGCCCAACAUCAUGAUGCAACAACCAAUGUAUACUCAUGAUCCAUUCUUUGCAUCAAAUUCGAUUUCGGCACCAUACAAUGUCCAGAUGGCAGCAAUGGCUCAGCAACAGCAGGCAUUCAUGCAACAACAACAAAUGAUGAUGAUGAUGAGUCAACAGCAGCAGCUCCAUCAACCUGGCUUGAACCCUUUUGGAAGCACAUAUGCUCAUGUUAAUACACAUCCUUAUGGAUUGGCUGUCCCAGUUCAUUCUUCAAAUUCGUAUGCCGGAUUUACGUAAAAUGUUGACAUAAAAACUAUUGAUUUUGAUGUCAAAUGAAGCAAAAUUUAGUGACGAAGGGGAAUGUUUAUGUAUCAUGCAUCAUGCAUCAUCCAUGUCUUAUAUUUUGUAGAAAUAGCAUUGGUUUGUUUAUUUGGGGUGAGUUGGUGAGAGAUUGUUAUGUAAGAAUGUAUUGGCCUUGAGAUUGUUUAGAAUUCCUGUAUAUUUUGUUCUUGGUGUUAAGCAUUGGUUACUGUUUAAUUAUGAAGGAAUUAGCGGACCAUUCAAA